AUGGGGGGUUGUUGCUCAAAGGCAGAGACUGAUCCUGCACAAAAUAAUGAAGAAAUUGCACAAUCAUAUUCAAAACAAGGAGAAUCACAUGCAGGAAACAAUGACAUGCAAGGUUCCACCACACCAUCAAAAGGUCCACCACAUGCAUCACCAAACCAUUCCUCAAAGCCUUCUAAGGCAGCCCCAAUAGGGCCAGUAUUAGGCAGGCCAAUGGAGGAUAUAAAGGCAACAUACACCCUAGGAAAAGAACUAGGAAGAGGUCAAUUUGGUGUAACACAUUUGUGCACACACAAACAAACAGGGGAACAAUUUGCAUGCAAAACAAUUGCCAAGAGGAAAUUAGUGAAUAAAGAGGAUAUUGAGGAUGUAAGGAGGGAAGUGCAAAUUAUGCACCAUUUGACAGAACAACCAAACAUUGUUGAACUCAAAGGGGCUUAUGAGGACAAACAUUCUGUGCAUUUGGUCAUGGAAUUGUGUGCUGGAGGUGAACUUUUUGAUAGGAUUAUAGCUAAAGGGCAUUAUACAGAAAGAGCAGCAGCUUCAUUGUUAAGAACAAUUGUGCAAAUUGUACAUACUUGUCAUUCAAUGGGGGUCAUUCAUAGAGAUCUUAAACCUGAAAAUUUCCUCCUACUUAGCAAGGAUGAAGAUGCACCUCUAAAGGCUACUGAUUUUGGUCUUUCUGUGUUCUACAAGCAAGGAGAUGUGUUUAAAGACGUAGUGGGGAGUGCAUAUUACAUAGCACCAGAAGUGUUGAAGAGGAGAUAUGGUCCAGAAGUUGAUAUUUGGAGUAUUGGGGUUAUGUUAUAUAUUCUUCUUUGUGGUGUUCCUCCUUUUUGGGCAGAAUCUGAAAAUGGAAUAUUCAACACAAUAUUGCGUGGACAUGUUGAUUUUUCAAGUGACCCAUGGCCUUCAAUAUCUAGUGGAGCUAAGGACCUUGUUAGGAAAAUGUUGAAUUCAGAUCCCAGUCAAAGGUUAACUGCACUCCAAGUCCUAAAUCAUUCAUGGAUCAAGGAGGAUGGAGAAGCACCAGAUACACCACUUGACAAUGCUGUUCUGAAUAAGCUCAAAAACUUUAGAGCUAUGAACAAGUUCAAGAAAGUUGCUCUUCGGGUUAUUGCAGGGUGCCUCUCGGAGGAAGAAAUUAUGGGAUUAAAGCAGAUGUUCAGAGGAAUAGAUACUGAUAAUAGUGGCACAAUUACACUUGAGGAGUUAAAGCAAGGAUUAGCCAAACAAGGCAACAAAUUAUCAGAUUAUGAAAUCAAGCAAUUAAUGGAAUCUGCUGAUGCUGAUGGAAAUGGGACAAUUGAUUAUGAAGAGUUCAUCACAGCAACAAUGCAAAUGAAUAAAAUGGACAGAGAAGAACAUCUUUACAAAGCUUUCCAAUACUUUGAUAAGGAUAGCAGUGGGUAUAUUACAAUGGAAGAGUUAGAGCAAGCUUUAAGAGAAUUUGGUAUGAAUGAUGCAAAGGAUAUAAAAGAAAUCAUUUCUGAAGUUGAUUCUGACAAUGAUGGUCGUAUCAAUUAUGAUGAGUUUGUAGCUAUGAUGAAGAAAGGAAAUCCAGAAGUAGCAACAAAUGCAAAGAAACGAAGGGACGUUUUCGUCGAAUAAUUGUUGUUGUUAUUGAUAAUAGAAGAAUUUGGCAAAAACAAAAAAAGAAGUUAUUUGUGUCUUUAUUGAAGGGAGAGAGACCAAAUUUCAAGAGAGUUUCAAAGUUAUAGAUGCUCUUGUAUAUUAACUAAUAUGUUAAAAAUAUUAAAAGAAAAAAGAAGAAGAAAAAUGCAAUGAAAACAAAAAUAAGAUUGUAGAAUUUGAUGGAUAGGUUGGGAUUUGAGGGUCUUUUUUGGUUAAUGGUUACUUUUAAUGGUUGUUUUUGAGUUGGAAACAAUGGGGUCUUCAAUGUAUCUAUCUAUAUAUAAUAUAACUUCAUGUAUAAUAUAUAAAUACAUGUGUAUAUGUAUUUUGUGCAACACUGGAGAUAGAUAUUAAGUGUUGUUUCCUAAUCAAUAACCUUUUGGAUAUUGUUUUUAUGUACAUAUAUCAAGUUGUUGAAAGAGUUAUGAUGGAAAAAGAAACGGCUCCGAAGAAAAAAAUUGGGAUUCCCAUAAGAGCAAUAUCCUUUUGCCAAUUGAGAUCUCAAGAUGUAUAAUUUUUUUACAUUAACAUUUAAUUUUUUAAAAAAAGAAUGACGCAGCGGACCAAAAUUCUCUCUUGUUUAGAUUCUCAUGAUCUAUUAAAGUUCAAUGGAAUAUUCAUAAAGAGUAGCCCGGUGCACAAAGCAUUCUGCGUUUAUGCAGGGUCAGGGGAAGGACGCACCCAAGGAGGUGUAGUAUUGGCAACUUAUCGUGACACAAGCAUCUUAUUUCACGGUUCAAACCCGUGACCUAUAGUCUAUUGGCUACAUGGAGAUAACUUGGUCGUUGCUCCAAGUCUCCAUCCCAAUGGAAUAGUCAUGCCAAUACCAAUUUGAAACAGAAAGCAAAAGCUCAUAAUGACCACUUCAUACACAUCAGAGUUGUGAAAAAACACUACCAAUAAAUCUAUAAACAU